AUGUCUAGCAGGACUUCAGUCCAUACCCCUGGGAUUCAAUCGAACCCGGGGACGAACCCAUUUACAACUCCCCUUCGGCAAAGCAGAGCUCCAUCCGUCAGCGACAAUGGUGCUAGUGGAAGACAGAACUCUUAUUUUCCCGCAUCCGGCCCAAACAAUCUUCAACCUCGCAAAAGGAAAUUCAAGAGUUCUCGAUUAACUCCCGGCGAAUACGACGAGAAACCAUGGGCUCUAGGGAAACAUCCGAAACUAAAAUGGGAGAGAGGUAUCUUCUACGGAAGCUGCGUUCUUGGUGUCGCCAUUGGCGCUUUCCUAUGCUAUCAAGCCUAUGCCGGUGUCACCAACCACGAGUACUGCCUCAUCAUGGAGGAUAAGUUUGAUGGUAUCAACAAAGAUUUCUGGGGCUACGAGAUCCAGAGAGGAGGAUUUGGCAGUGGUACUUUUGAAUGGACAACAGACGACCCAAAAAAUGUUUACACAGAUGCGGAAGGUCUGCACAUUGUACCAACCCUGACAACGGAAUCAACGCCCAUCACUAAAGAACAGAUGAUGGACAACUACGUGCUCAAUCUGACUACAGAUAAAACUUGCACCGGUGAGGGCGUAGACAGAUGCUCUAUCCGCUCCAACAAAACUGCAGGCACCAUCAUCAAUCCCGUGCGGAGUGCCCGACUUUCAACCAAGGGAAAGAAGACCAUUACAUUUGGCAAGGUCGAGGUAGUGGCGAAGAUGCCCCAGGGUGACUGGCUGUGGCCUGCUAUAUGGAUGAUGCCCGAAAGCGAUACCUACGGAGAAUGGCCGCGGUCCGGCGAGAUUGACAUAGCGGAAAGCCGAGGAAACUUUGGUGACAACUACACCAGUGGUGGAAGAGACUCCAUCAUCAGUGCGCUUCACUGGGGACCAUUGUCUGAAGUUGAUGCAUUCUGGAAAACUAGUGGACAGCAUUGGGUGAGAAGAACAGACUACUCAAACGAGUUCCAUACAUUUGGUCUGGAAUGGAGCGAAGACUACAUCUUCACGUACAUCGACUCGCGCCUAUUGCAAGUCUUCUUCAUCAAGUUCAAUAAAUACAUGUGGGAUCGCGGAGCGUUUGGCAAGACCUUGGUCAAUGACUCGGCUUUGUACAAUCCAUGGGCUCAAACUGGCCAAUUCAAUACACCAUUCGACAAACCAUUCUACCUCAUUCUCAAUGUCGCCGUCGGGGGUACCAAUGGGUUCUUCCCGGACGGCGUUGGCAACAAGCCGUGGGGAAACCAAAGUCCCACUGCACCCAAGGAGUUCUACGACAGCAUGGCCAACUGGCUGCCUUCAUGGGGGGAGGGCGCCUCGCGGGGUCUUACUGUAAAAAGUGUGAAAAUGUGGAAACAAGGAGCCUGUUAG